AUGGAGAAAGACUCACAAUCUGUUGAUACUAAAUCAGAUGUAAUGAUGGAUGGAAAAGAAGAAGAGAAUCCGAAGAAAAAAAGACGAAUACAUAUGGAUGUACAAAAUUGUUUUGCUCAUGCAAAAACAGAAGAAGGUAUGCAGCCUUUGUCAAGUCCUUUGGAUUCCUCUACUAGGACAAAAUUACCAAAUCUCACUCCCAGAACUCCGCGCAGAAAGAUGUCACAGGGAGUUCACAGUCGAGCUUCUGCAACAGUGUCAAAGGUAGUCCAGCAUCAUAGAACAGCCUCUGCAACAGUGUCAUUUCCACAAAACGACUCUCCAUCUUUAGGAGCCAAACUAAUUGAUGCAUUCCACAAUGAAAAACCUGGUGGUUUUGGAAGUGCUGCUUAUCUCUGUGCAAAUAGUGUUCUACCAGAAUUUGCAGAUUUACCAAAAAAAAAUCUCUCCACAAACCAUGAUGAUGUCAGUAGUACAAUACAUGUUGAUGUCACUGCUGGGUGUGUGUCAGACACCGUCAACACAAAUGACAAUUGUAAACACAUCAUAAAUUUUAAUCAGAAAGCCAGGUCAGACAAUAAUCAGGAGUCCAUAGGCAAUUUUAGUAGUGAUUCCAAACAAGGAAUAAAUAAGAGUAAUACAACAUCUUAUUUCAACACUAGUCAGAAAAAUUCACCUCCCUCCAAAAAUAGCCGACAACAGAUUCUACCAAAUCAACCAAAGAUGACCAAUUUCUUAACAAGUUCUGUAGAUGAUAAAUCAGGAAGCAAAAAAAGCCACCAGGAUGAUGCCAAUGGUACAACAGUCUCUGGUUAUACUCCUGUCAAAAAGAUGAAAGGCUCCUCUAAUGUGUUUAUUAGUGACAAUGAAAGUCCAGACUUUCACUCCACUCAGAAAUCCUCACAACAAAGCAGGUCUGGGUAUUCCUCCACCAUGUGUUCCCUCUCUAAGUGUUCAGUGAAAGAACUCAAAGAAAAUGCUGUUGUCAAGAAGCUGUUUGAAGGACAGAAAAAACUUGUCGCUAAUCCCAACUUAAAACCAAAAAAGUCUUUGUCUGGUACCUCUAGCUCUAACAGACUCAAUUCACUUACAAAAGGGGUGUAUUCAAGGAAGGAACUAAAACCUGAUCAACUCAUUAGAAUGGAAGUUGACUCUAUUUCAUCUUCAGAUGAUGAAUGUAUGUCACAAGCGCUUGACAAUGCUACAACAGACAAAUAUGGACUUCUUGGAAGUGGAACAAUGCAGAAGAAUGUGAUAGAGAAGAUAGAUUAUUUCAGUAGAUUACCCACAGAAGUGAUAGAACAUAUCUUUUGUCAUUUGCCAAUGUUGGAUCUGUGUCUAAAUAGCAACCGGGUGUGUAAACAAUGGAAUGAGAUCAUUUCAGCGGAAAAGUUUAUGCCAUGGAAGAAGCGUUACCACAAGUUGAAGAAGAAUAUCGAGGGUACAACAGAAGAAAUGAUGACUGUUCUGGUUGAAAACAAAAUGAGGUCUCCUUCAGUGUUCCUGACCUCAAUCAUCAGUUACAUGAGGAACAUCAAGCCAGUGACGGCCAGUAACAUGACUCAGUGUCUGAAGACACUCCCCAAGUACCAGUGGGCCAGGGAAAUCCUCGAGGAAAGGAUACCGCAGUGUGUAGUCAACAAGGAGGCUAAUCCAUGGAGUAUAAUCACGUGUUUGGUGAUUAUAUCAGAUUCUGUGUUAGAUAUACAGAAAGUACUCAGCUGUCUAACAUCUCCGAUGUCUGAUUGUACCACACGGGAGGUGUUAGAGUGUCUCUACUGCCUGGCGUCUUUCUUCUUCAUCUUCAAAAAGAAAUGGUCCAUAGGUCCAUUUAGUGGAAUCCAUUACCGAUUGUUCUAUGCUCUCUACUUGUAUGAGAAUGCAUCUGCUGCUAGUCUGGGGGACCUGAAGGGGGCUGUCCAAGGAAAAUCUGGUCAACAGUGUAUGGUCAAGUAUGGCUGUGCAGAGAGCAGUUUGAGACUUACACACGAACAGAUGCGGGUGGUGAACCAUAACUGUCAACCUGGAGAACUAGCUAAGAUCGUUGCUUUCGCAGGUACUGGGAAGACAACCACACUAGUGAGAUACACACAGCUGAGGCCAAACACCAAGUUCCUCCUACUUGUGUUUAACAAGAGUGUGUGUGAUCAUGCCAAGACCAAGUUUCCUUGGAAUGUGGACUGUAAAACAGGCCAUGCUUUAGCAUUUUCAAAAAAGGGUUUUAGGUACAAAGAAGCAGGGAAGUUACGAGGGAGUGGUCCUACUGUGUUCAGUAUCACACAGACAAUAAAAAAAAAGAAGGGAGAUAACUUGUUUGUGAGGGCCAAAUUUGUCCUGGACACAUUGAAUACAUUUCUAUCUUCAGCAGAUCCUUUUCCUAAAGAAGACCAUGUCCCUAACUUCAGGAUGGAUGAAUCAGGCAUGAGGGUUCCCAUAGACCCUGAAAAAAAGGAGAUGUAUGUUGAUGACACAUGUUACUUGUGGAACCGUAUGAAGGACAUCAAAGAUAAAGAUGUACCAAUAUCACAUGAUGGCUACCUGAAAUUGUACCAGCUGAGUCACCCUCGUCUCGACUUUAAAUAUGACUGUAUCUUGAUAGAUGAGGCUCAGGACCUAACUCCAGCUAUAUCAGACAUCCUGCUCAAUCAAAUGACUUCAAAGAUCCUGGUAGGAGACCCACACCAGCAGAUUUACUCCUUUAGGGGGGCUGUUAACUCCAUGCAGACUGUUCAGGCUUCCACAAUAUUCUACCUGACACAGUCAUUCCGGUUUGGUCCAGAGAUUGCUGAAAUUGCUGCUUGUUGUUUGGAAACACUAAAAAAUGAAAAAAGGAAAACUCUGGUUGGAAAUGGUCAGCCAUGUAAAGUUUUAGGAGAACAGGUAGGCCAGUUAGCUGUCCUGACCAGGUGUAACUCCACUCUGUUUAAUGAGGCUGUGAAGAGGUGUUGUCAUGAGAACACAGAUGAUAAGGUGGCUUUUGUAGGGGGUACAGAUGGGUUUGGUUUUGGGAUGAUAAUGGACAUCUACUAUCUUAUGUUACCAACUGAACAAAGGAUUAAAGAUCUACACUGCUUGUUUACAAUAUGUCAGGUUUUAUAUAAAAUCCUCAGAAAGACCAUCCAUGACACCAGAAUAGCAGAUGUUGUUCUGAGUACAGCACAUAAAUCGAAGGGUUUGGAAUUCAGUACAGUACAUCUGACAGACGACUAUGUUUCCUCUAUACAGAUGCAGGAGCAAUUUGACUUCAUUAACACACCUUUACCUCGUGUGCUGAGUGAAGAUGAGAGUAAUCUGCUUUAUGUAGCUGUUACCAGAGCUAAAAACGCUCUCAUCAUGUCACCCACCCUGACCAAGCUGAUCCAGAAAAAUGGGUGUAUGUUUGAGUAUCCAGUGCUUAGCUCAGAACUGAAAGAUAAAAGUGUCGCAUUCACAUGCAUGAAAACUGGAACCGAGUUCAAACCAUAUGCUUUGACAUUACAGAAAAAGGAAAUCAAAUUGAGUAACGGUACAAAAUUAGACGGUGGAGUGUACAGCCCUGGAACGCUUAGAUUGGAAAAUGCAACAUGGAAUGGUCUUCUAGGCACCACUGAAGAGGAUCGUAAAAAAGAAGAGGAAUAUGAGGAAACUAGAAGGAACAGAUAAACAAAAAUCAGAUGUGUUGAUCUGUAGAAAUGGAAUGUGUUUAUCAAUAGACAAUGGUGGUGUUGAUCAAUAGACGAUGGUGGUGUUUAUCAAUAGACGAUGGUGGUGUUUAUCAAUAGACGAUGGUGGUGUUGAUCAAUAGACGAUGGUGGUGUUUAUCAAUAGACAAUGGUGGUGUUGAUCAAUAGACAAUGAUGGUGUUUAUCAGUAGACGAUGGUGGUGUUUAUCAAUAGACGAUGGUGGUGUUGAUCAAUAGACGAUGGUGGUGUUUAUCAAUAGACGAUGGUGGUGUUGAUCAAUAGACGAUGGUGGUGUUGAUCUGUAGAAAUGGAAUGUGUUUAUCAAUAGACGAUGGUGGUGUUGAUCAAUAGACGAUGGUGGUGUUUAUCAAUAGACCAUGGUGGUGUUGAUCAAUAGACGAUGGUGGUGUUGAUCAAUAGACGAUGGUGGUGUUGAUCAAUAGACGAUGGUGGUGUUUAUCAAUAGACGAUGGUGGUGUUGAUCAAUAGACGAUGGUGGUGUUGAUCAAUAGACGAUGGUGGUGUUUAUCAAUAGACCAUGGUGGUGUUUAUCAAUAGACCAUGGUGGUGUUUAUCAAUAGACCAUGGUGGUGUUUAUCAAUAGACGAUGGUGGUGUUGAUCAAUAGACGAUGGUGGUGUUGAUCAAUAGACGAUGGUGGUGUUGAUCAGUAGACGAUGGUGGUGUUGAUCAAUAGACGAUGGUGGUGUUGAUCA